AUGGCCUCAAAUUCAAGAGCUUCUGUGAUCCCAAUGCGCAUUUCAAACGCUCCUCCAACGUCUAGAGAAGCCGUCCUGGCAAAGCGCCGUGAAUACCUCGCGUUGUGCGCGAUUGCCGAAUACGCCGCACAUUUGGAAAAUAAUCUCAAAGCAACUGCGCAACAGCAAGCUCUGAUGACCGAUGGAGGCGCUGCACUUUCCAAAGCCAUGGGCAAUUGGCUUGUGAUCAUGCGCACCAUUGGCAUGUACUCAAAAGAGGUCGCCGCGCGGGAGGAUCUGAUCAAUGCGGAGCAACCCACCGAUACUACGUCGGAUGACCCAGAAGCUCACAAGCGUAUCCUACUCCGAGUGGAGUUGAACGAGCAGCAGUAA